AUGUCUCUGUUUGGUGACGAGGACGUGCCCUCGCGCGCGAAACAGUCGUCGUCGCUCUUCGAUGACGAUCCUAAGCCCGCGGGCAAGACGGGGAACAGCUUGUUCGCCGACGAGAUUGACAACAACGACUCGCCGUGGGCAUUUCCUACACCGAAGAAAGGCGGUCGCGCCUCUCUUGUGAAGUCGCUCCUUCCUGCGUCGGACGUGCCUGACGCCUACAUCGAAGCAUUCGACGCAGUACUAGACGCCGGCCAUGGCGCCACCAGCGGCAUUAGCAUUGACGAUGCAAAGAACCUCAUGGCCAGCAGCGGCGUCUCCAGCGAUGUCCAAGCCACGAUCCUGGACAUUGUUGUGCAGUCGGGCAAUGAGGAUGCGGGACUGGGAAGGAACGAGUUCAACGUGCUGUUCGCGUUGAUUGCCCUCUCCCAAAUUGGCGAGGACAUAACCCUGGACAGUGUCGAUGAGCGGAAGAGAAAUUUGCCCGUUCCGUCGGUAUCGUUACCCCAGUCACUGAAGCAACAACCUGAGCCCGCGCCGCCCGCACAGGAACCGCCACGCCCUACACCUCAACAGCAACCGUCGGAGCAGCAAUUGCCCACACCGAGCCGCUCACGUGCGCCCAUGCGCAAGCAGUCUUUUGGUGAUCCAGAGGCCGAUCCCUGGGGCAGCCCAGAUAUGCACAAAGAUCACAAUCAUUCGAGCUAUGCAGCUGUCCCAGGUCAGACGAACGGCGCGAAUGGUCCCUCUACUGCCCGGACUACGAGUCAAUUCACUACGCACUCGACUUCCCAAUCAACCUCGAAUCAAGACAACAUCCAGCCGAGCUCCUUGAGUAGUGAGGGUGGAUGGGGAGGCUACAAUGGCGUGUCCAGCCAGCCAUUCGCGACGCCAGACCUAGGCGAUGGCGGAUUUGGCGCAGCUCCUGUAGGUGGCGGUCACAAUCCUCCACCUGAGCUGGGUCGCUCGAUUGGGCGCGCAGGAGGAAGCGGGAGCGAGGAGGUCAUCACAAUUACAACUAUUGCCGAAAAGGAGGGCGUGUUCUUGUUCCAGCAUCGUAACUACGAAGUGGCCAGCUCAAGACGGACUACCAAAGUUGAACUCUCGGUCUGGCGCAAACAAGCCAACUUGUCUGUCCAAGAAGAGUUUGCUGGCAAGACGCUUCCUCCUGAUCUAGAAGACUCGCUUCCCAAGACGCUGCCCGAGCUUUUCGAUACCGUCCGAUCGGGAGUAAGACGAAGCUCAGAGAGCUACAUCAAUUUGUGCAACAUGAUGGAGAGACUAACCAGACGUAACGAAGGCAUGGCUGCUGAAUACCAUCGCUUCUCUACCGCUCUCGUCUCUCUCACCGAGAGUUCGCAGGAGACCUACGCAGUCGAUACGAAUGACAUUCCCUUGCUAAACGAAGGUAUGAAUUCAACAGCGAGACAUCUGGAUCAGUCGAAACAACUUUUGGAAGACGAGGCACGAGGAUGGGAAGAGGGUGUACUCGAGGACUUUAAGAGGCAACGAGACACACUGGUCAGUAUGAGGGAUAUGUUCGAUCGAAGAGACAAGUACGCGAGAGACAACAUUCCGGCGCUGGAAAAGAGGAUAGCAAACAACGAGACGAAGCUGCAGAACAUCAGGAAUAAGCCUGCAGAUCUAAUCAAACCUGGGGAGGCAGAAAAGGUUGAAGAUGCUAUCGUCAAGGACAAGGAAUCCAUCGUUCAGCAGCAUGCGCGGGGUGUCUUCAUCAAGGAAUGCAUCCGAGAUGAAUUGCUACAUUUCCAGAAGAGCCAAUACCACAUUAGCAGACUGCAUCAGGAAUGGAGUCAAGAGCGUGUGAAGUACGCGGAGCUACAGGCAGACAAUUGGCGGGCAUUGAGUGAGGAAGUGGAGAGUAUGCCAUCAGCCGACUGA